UAGACGUGCAACACAGACAAACACACAAUAAAAUUAUCAAGUGUCUUAUAAUAAUUAAAAUAAUUUAGUGACUUGUGCCAAAGACAGCGUUGUGAGCGUGUUUUCCGUUUUGUUUUUUUACGGUAAAACAGAAUCUGUUUGCUUCAUAGGUACAUCCUCAAUUACGUGUCGUAAAUUGUUAUCCUUUCAAUAAACACUAGAAGUGCUAAAUAAUGUGAGAUAAGAAGACUCACUGAGACCACCAGCCGAGCAUAUAAAAGACAUAUUUCCAUUGAUAAAGUUUUAGUGGAGUUUAAUUUCAUAAUGGUGGCGAAGGUGCAAGGACUGUGUAAGGGGGAUGAAGAAAAGUACGAGCUUGUGCCGCCAGAGGGCGGUUGGGGGUACGUGGUCUGCUUAGGCUUGUCUGUUAUUUUUAUCGCCGGGACCGCACAUCAGCCAGUAUUUGGUUUCAUCUACAACGAUUUUCUUGAGGAUUUAGGAGCUGGUACAGGCGCAGUCACAGUUGUGUAUGGAGUCUUCCAGGUUACACUUGCAGUUGCAGGAUUUUCAGCAAAUAUUGCAUUGAAAAAGUUGUCACUAAGGCAAGUUGGUCUUAUAGGAGCAUUCAUGUAUACAACGGCGUCAUUUUUAGCAAUAUUCGUCGUGUCCACAACCCAGCUAAUCAUAACAAAUGGUUUCCUACAAGGCCUAGGGAUGGGCCUUUUGAUACCAGUGUCAUACACCAGCUUCAACAGUUACUUUACAAAGAAGAAAGUGCUCUAUCUCAGCUUGUGUAAGGCUUCAAUUGGCCUGAUAACAAUGGUUUAUCCGUUGUUUAUAAAGUUUACACUAAGUGAGUUUGGAUUUAGAGGAACCCUUGCUAUAUUGUGCGCGAUAUCGGCUCAUAGCAUAUUUGGAGCAUUAGUGAUGCAUCCUGUCAAAUGGCAUAUGGUCAAGCAGCCGAAGCCAUGUGAAAAAAUUGUUUUGAUACCACCUACCCCAGCAGUUAAUGAAGAAAAAGUACCAUUUGACUUCCCUAAAAAUGGAGGACUGACAGUGAACAAAACUGAGAACACGAGAUCAGUUGAGAAUUUAUAUUCAAACGUCAAUACCAGGAAGGGUUCAGAAUUACUAUUCGUGCCUAAAUUGGGUGACUCUAGACGAUUGAGUAUUCCCGUGGUUUUGAUCUCGGCUGAUGGGAAGACAGAUAGUAGGUUCAAUUCCAAUGAUAAUGUCUACCUCGAGAAUUUAUACAAAGCCGCCUCAGUAUCUAGUCUUGGGAAUUUUGGAAAUAUUGCAGCGGAGCCGAUGCCUAUUAUUAAGAACAAAGAAGGGAAAUGGCAAACAGUAACAGAGUUUUUGGAUUUGACUUUGUUGAAAGACUUCGUUUAUGAUAAUAUUAUAUUUGGCAUGGCUUUGACAUUCUUCGCCGAUUUGACGUUCUUCACAUUGGAACCUCUAUUCCUCGAUAGACACCAUUUAAGUCGGCAAGAAAUAGUCAACAUAAUAUCUCUGGGAGGCGCGACGGAUAUGACAGCGCGGCUGCUACUGGGCGUAGCCGGCCAGUUCUUCAGGAUCAACAGUCGGCACAUGUUCUACGCUGGGGCGCUCUUUGCGGCCAUAUUCAGGAUAGUGUUCGUCCAGUUCACAACGUACCUUCCUCUGCUCAUCCUGACAGCGGUUCUGGGAGCUCUGAGAUCCCUAGUGCACAUCGCGCAGCCAAUAGUGAUGGCAGAACACGUCCCUAUUGAAAGAUAUCCACCAGCGUAUGGGCUAUAUAUGCUGCUGGCUGGAGGACUGAGCCUCACUGUUGGACCCGCUAUAGGUUUCAUCCGAGAUUAUACUGGGAGUUACGUCAUUGCCUUCAACAUGCUCACAGCCUGCAACCUGUGCUGCGUCAUUCCCUGGGCUAUCGAAGCCGUCAUCAGAUACAAGAAGAGACCAACCAAAACACUUGAAACGUGAAUUUUUGCUGAAAACUAGUCAAUGUUGAAAUUUUAAGUGCAAAAAUGUACCAUAUUUUGGUUAUGAAUAAUUGAAUUAACCUUUUAAUUUUAACCAUUAUUUACGACCAAACAGUAUGUAAUUAUAUUAUCAAAGGGUAAAUAGUCCAAUGACUUAUUAAUUGCUUAAAAGCAAUAAUAAUUGUAGUCUUUAAGAGAUUAAUUGAGCUAUCGAUAACAAACACUUGUGAGGCUGUAUGUCUGAUGAGAGAGGGAUCAUUAUAGUAAAUACUUAGGAUAAAAGGUAGCAGUUUACAUUAUUAGAUAACCAGAUCAGACCAACCAGAAAACAAGACUUCUGUCAGACAGAUAAAAGAGUUCCUUCGAAGAAUCGAUUCAAUAUCUAGGUAAUUUACAAAUAUUCAAUACUAGACUGCAUAAAGUAGCACAAAUGUAGAUACCCAAGUAGUAGGAUUUAUCAUCAUUAUUUUUUUUUUAAUAACAGCCAUUUAGGUACAAGCUAAUUGCAUUUCUUUUUUGUACAUUCUUUUUUCAGCUUUAAGAAUCUCGUAUAGUUUAAAAUAAAAUGUGGAAUUCGAAUUACCUAGAGAACUUGAUUUUGUUUCGAUUCUUUAUUACCGAUUUAUUAUCAUUGUUUUAGAAAACCAAAACCUGGGAACAAAUUCCAACCUGUCCAAUUACCGACUAAUAAAAAAGGUUAAAUAAAAAUAUUAAUAUUUUUUUAAUAAGUAAGUAAGGUAUUAAUAUUUUUUUAAUAAGUACUGUAAAAUAGUAGCUACGUAAGUACCCAGAUUUUAUAUUAUGAUCUAACCUAAAUUGAAGUUAGCUAAGAUUGAGGCUUACUUAAUAACAAUGUAAAUAUAAUUGUAAGUAAUUUUAUAUUUAAGUAUAAUAUAGAUUAAAUUAAAUGUAAUAUUACUGUAUAACAAAAGUUGACUGAUUUAGUAUAUUAUUUAGUUUUAUUUAAAUUUACUUGUUAAAAUAAGUUCUGUUCCUGCUUAAGUGAGUUCUCAUCCUAAUAUUAUAAUUAUUAUGUUGAUAUAAUAUCAACAUAUAAAAUAAAAUAAUUGGUAUAAACAAUUUUAUUUUCUAACUGUUGUCAAUCUAUUUGUUUCCUAAAAUAUGUGCCGUAUCCUCGGAGUUCUAUUGU